AUGACUGUAAGACACCCCGGGGGUUCCGCUUCAUUUGAGAUUCUCGGUGAAGACCAUACACUCGGGAAUGCGCUACGAUACAUAAUUAUGAAAAACCCCGAAGUCGAGUUCUGCGGAUACUCAAUCCCACAUCCUUCCGAGGAAAAGAUGAAUAUCCGUAUACAAAUCUAUCCUGAGUAUUGGGAACACACAAAACCUUACGAUGCGUUGAUGAAGGGAUUGGACGACCUUGCUGACCUCUGCGACCAUAUUACGCACGCGUUCAAAGAGGCCAGAGAUAACUUUGUAGAACCUGGGGACAACAGUGAACAAAGAUGA